AUGAACAGGGAAACUUCGUGGGAAGAGAGUAAUCAAAGCUACCAGGGAGAAUUCAUCUUGCUGGGAGUGGCUGACCGGCCACGCUUGGAGAUGUUCCUCUUUGUCUUUGUCCUGGCCUGCUACUUGAUGACCCUCCUAGGCAACACAACCAUCAUUGUGGUGUCAAGAUUAGAUCCCCAUCUCCACACCCCCAUGUAUUUCUUCCUCAGCAACCUUUCCUUCCUUGAUCUCUGCUUCACCACCAGUCUUGGGCCCCAGAUGCUGGUGAACUUCUGGAGGAAAAGGAAGACCAUCAGUUACGGUGCCUGUGUGGCUGAGUUAUACAUCUCUCUUUCUCUGGGCGGCACAGAGUGUAUUUUGUUGGCUGUCAUGGCCUACGACCGCUAUGCUGCCAUCUGUCAUCCACUGCGUUAUACUACCAUGAUGAGUCACUCUCUGUGUUUCACAAUGGCUGCUGUCUCCUGGGUGAGUGGCUUCAGCAGCUCUGUCAUUCAGACAGUGAUGACUCUUAGGCUUCCAUUGUGUAGACGGAAUCGAGUAGAUCAUUUCUUUUGUGAGGUCCCUGCCUUUCUAAAAUUGGCCUGUGCUGACACUUCACUGAAUGAGGCUGUUCUCUUUUCUGCUGGUGUGGUGUUCCUUCUAGCACCAAUGGGUCUCAUCAUAAUCUCUUAUGGCUACAUUGUGGCUGCGGUGCUGAGGAUCUGCUCAGCUGAAGGCAGGCGGAAGGCCUUCAACACUUGUGCCUCCCACUUGUUGGUGGUGUCCCUCUUCUAUGGCACAGCCAUCUUCAGUUAUCUCCAGCCUCCCUCCAACUACUCCCGUGAUCGAGGCAAGAUGAUUUCCCUUUUCUACACCUUUGUCACCCCCAUGCUUAAUCCACUGAUCUAUACUCUGAGGAACAAGGAGGUACACAAAGCUCUUCGAAGAGUAAUGAAGAAGAACUAA